AUGAGGCGAGCCGUGAUGAUCCUGCUGUUGGGGCUGGCGGCCGUGGCGCUGUCUGCCCCAGCUGACGAGGCGGCGGUCGCAGGGCCCGUGGACGACCCGGCGGCAGCCAUCGACCCACGCACGGACGUCCACGGCACGGAGACUCUGGAAGGCCAGGAGCAGCGCUGGGGCGGCUGGAACCGCGGCUGGGGCGGCGGCUACUGGGGCGGCAGAGGCUACGGAGGCGGCUGGGGCGGCAGAGGCUACGGAGGUGGCUGGGGCGGCAGAGGCUAUGGCGGCGGCUGGGGCGGCAGAGGCUACGGAGGUGGUUGGGGCGGCAGAGGCUAUGGAGGCGGUUGGGGCGGCAGAGGCUAUGGAGGAGGCAGAGGCUGGGGUGGCAGCUACUGGGGUUGA